AUGAAAUCUGCCAAAUCAGCUUAUUCAUUGAGUACAAAUUAAGCAAGUUAAUAUACAGAGAGAGUUUACAAAAACACAAAACCUGUUCUUCGUAUAAACACAGAAACUAGUCAAAGAGUUAAAAGUGCAUAAAUUGGAUCCUCAUCUAGAAAAUGCUAUACUAAUACUAGUAGAAUCAUUGAAAAUUAGACUGCAUCUAAAAUACCCUUAUAAAUCUAUUAAAGAUAUAUAGAAGAAUCAUUUAUGUCAAAUAAUCAUGAUAAAAUUGUUAAAGAAGCUAAAUUAGUAGCUCCUACUGUAAUUAAUCAUCUCAAUAUAAAUUUUUAUGAAACAUAAUAAUUGAGUCAUGGAAUGAAUCUUUAUGAAAAACAUCCUAAUUUGCUCUUUAAAAUGUAUGAAACAUUAAUAAAUCUCGAUAAAAAUGUAAUGUAAGAAUUAUUUUUAUAUGAAUCAUUGGCUGAUAAAGAUUAAAUUGGAAUUAAGGAAAAAAAAGAAAGAAACAUUACAGAUAAUUUUAGAUUUGAUUUUUUCAUUAAAGCAAUCAAUAUAAUGGAUGACUUUAUAACAUCAUUAAUCAAAAUUAUAGAUGAUAAAACUCUUGCAAUCUUCAUUGAAUAAUUAUGGAAAUUUUGGGUAGUACUUCUUGAUCUUAAUACUCAAUGGUCAUAAACAAGAUAUAAAGCUUUAUUAGAUAUUCAAGUUGGAGCAGUAGAAGCAUAAUUAAAAGAUUGUUAAUUCAGUUUAGAUGCUUUAAGAGAAAAAUAUAUUUAAAAAGUAAAAGGACAUUAAUUAAGAGUUGCAGUAGAAUAGAAAAAGAAUUUACAUUUAAAAGAAGAGAAUUUGAAAUGGCUAUAAAUGUAUGCAGAAUUGGAAACAAAAAUUGAGGAAUUAAAUAAUUUAGAGAAUGCAGAAGGAGAAAUUAGAAAAAUAAAUUUGGAUUUAAAAGAAAUGGAUUUUUAAUUUAAUAUCUUUUAAAAAAAUAUGAUUGAUUCAUAAAAAUAAGUUAGUACUUCUGUUAAAAAUUUGGCAAGUCUACUUAAACGUAAAGAUUAAAAAUCAUUCACUGAAUUCACAUAUGAAGAAUUAAAUCUAUUAGAUUAUCCAGGGUUUAAUGAUGACUAUUUACUUAUUAAUCCUAUUAUAUUUCUAUUAUAGAUAAGAGCAAAAGAGUAGAAAACGAAUCCAAAUGAUUUUUUAUCAUUUUUAGUUUAAAAUAUACAUCAAUUCCCAAAUAUGUCAGGACCUGAACUAUUUAUGUAAUAUAUAGAAAUAGAUUUCAAUAAAGCACAUUUUCUUAAGGAUCUUAUAAAAAAUAGUGAUGAUGAUAUAAUCAAUAUAACAAAAUUAAUAUUAGGAAUAGGUAAAUCAAACCCAGUUAGUCAUCUUGUAAUUUUGGAAGCCAUUAAAUUAUGUAGAGCAAUUGAUAAUUAAUACAAACACUAAGAACAAUCUCAAAAUACAAAUAAAAGGACAAGUCUUAUUUUAAGUUAAGAGAAAAGUAGUAUAUAAAAUAUUGAUAUAAAUUAAGAGAUUCCUAUUGCAGGGUAUAAUUAUAAUAUAUUAGAUUUAGAUCUGAAAUAACAUUGGGUUAAUAAUUAUAUGAGUAAAUUCUUUAAAUAAGUACGACAACAAUCAAACUUAGUAAAAUUAUGUAUAUUGCACUUCAAUAUUAUGCAGAAAAAGAGUAUGGUAGAUGGAUGAGUUGUUGUUAUUUAUGGUAAUAAGGAACAAUGAAAAUUGAAUCUCGUUGGGAUUAAUAAGAAUAAUUCUCAAAUAUGGAUAGUUAUCUUGUAAAUUAAUUAUUUAUUUUAUCAAUAGGUAUGGUAAUUUGUCAAUCUAAAAUAUAAGAAUUGGAAAUCUUAAGAUCAACCAUCAUUAGAUUAAUGUUUUAAUUGGGUAUACAAAAUUUGGUUACUGAGACCCAAAAUCUUUAUUAAACCAACAGCAGAACAUAUAGAAACAUAGAGGAGUUCUCAUACAAUUUAGAAACCAUAAGAUAAGUUGGCAAUUCCAUAUAAAAAGUCCAUUACUCUUAUUGAUUCGUAAAGAAAAAAAUGA